UAAUAGUUUGUUAUUUUUAGAGAUCAAGUCAUUAAGUCACACGUUUGAACAAUCUUGCAGUCUGCGCCUGACCGUUGCGAUCGACGACCGUGUUCGCGCGCCAAUUUAAACAAACGUGCGAACAAACACAACUUUAUCUAAGAAAACUUUUGUUAAUAAACCUUUGUAGUGCAGUUUUUUACCAUUAGUGUGAAAAUGGCUAAAGAUAACGUGAAAUUGGACAUUGUGAACGAGAAGAACGACGUACUUCUUAAUGAUAUUAUCGAAAUUUUUGGCCGUCCAGUGGCGCCGGUCAAACCACCUGUUACGAACAAUGUGCGCCCAAUGGACCUCGAACGAGGACUCGAUACACAAUUUAGCAACAACAACUUGGGUGAGAGCGACGCGACUCCCACGCAGCCGCUGCUGGAGCCGCCCAGAGACCGACAACUGCCUCCUUUAGCCGGACCUGAGAUCGACGACCUGGAUGGCGACCCCCCGAAGGACGCGACUCCGUACCCUGGCAUCGACGACGGACUGUUCGAGCCCAUUGACAAGAACCCUGAGAAUCAUGAUCAUGACCACGAUGGCAGCGAGCACCCAACAGAACUGGACCCUAGUGACAAGCAUUCAGAGCCUCACGACGGAGACGACGGUGGCGCCACUGACGGUAAAUUGCCGUGGGAGCAUGACGAACCAGACUACCCUUACGUUAAACAAGUAAUUUUUCCUGACGAACUGGACCCGUACACUUUACAUGUAAAUGGCAUCGGGACAAGAUUCGGUGACUCACGGCCUGGGUCUCCUAUGCCUGGAUCGAUUCCUGACGUGAACACAUACCAGCAGAAGAAAAAUCUGGCGCAAGGCAUGAUGGACCUCGCGCUGCUGUCAGCUAACGCCAACCAGCUGCGAUACGUGCUGGAGUCCUCCACCGAGCACAGCUACUACUAUCCUAGUCUCAUCUUCAUCUCACUCAGUAUCAUUUUUCAAGUGAUGGUCGGUAUUGGUCUCAUCAUGAACAGCCGGUACGACGUGAACGACCACAAGGAGCGCUGCAAGGCCGACAAGAUCAACAACCUGACAGUCCUGGGCAUCUUCCUCAUCACCAUCGUCAAUGUGUUCAUCACCUCCUUCAGUGUUAACACUCCUAUGGUCACCAAGACGGUCGUCGCGACGCCUCCCUCAGUAUAGCAGGCCUAGGGGCACAGAUCUGAACUCUAUCUUAAGUUCUCCGCCUUCACUAGGUUUGUUUCAAGAAUUCUGUUUUUUGAAAGAACUUUUCUCAAGCCAGCGUUAGAUGGCCGCUGUGACGAUUUUAAUACGACCUCAUCGGACUCGGUUCGUCUUUCGGCCGUUUUUCCGACAAAGCGCGUUGCGUGAUAUUUUUGUCAUAAUCUUAAAGUUAAUUGCAUUUAGAUAAUAGACCAAUAAGUGUAAUUUAAAUGCUCCAUUGUUAAUUUUGAGCCUUUUACCUAGGUAUCUAUGUAUAUUAAUUUGCUCAAAAUGACUCUGCUAGAUUUGUAUAUACCUACCUAGUGUUAAGAUAAAGAUUUGUAUAAAACUUAAAUAGGUAUUUAAGAAAAAUAUGACAUCUACAUUUACAUUGAAAAAUAAUAAUCUGUGAAAUGAAAAUCUUUUAACUUCACAUUUAGUUCGAUCAUCAAUUUUUGUGUUCUUAGCAUUAUAAUAAUUUUGAAUUCACAUGUCUAUGUAACCGAUCUUAUUUCAAAAGACUGAGUAUUUUUAUCAUCCACUACACUUUUUUGUACUUAGUCGUAAUGUAUGUACAUUAAUUAAUUCAAAACCAGCUAAUCUCAUAAUAUUUAAUCUAAUAAUUUAGUUUUACAUGGUUCGCUAGAUACCAGCUUUCUCGCGAUAGAUAAUUAGGUUUAGUAUUUAUAUUGCUUUUAUUUUGUACAUAAAAAUAAAUAUUUAUAUAAGUUACAGAAA